UCCUCCCUUGAUGGGGGCAAAAUGUUGGUAAUUUAUUGUUCUUCCAAUUCUCCAAGAAACGUGAAAGAAAGCUACGGCAUUAUCAUGUUCUUCGCUGUAAAUGCCCCAAAACUCUCCUCUCUCUCUCUCUCUCUUUUGCUCGUCUUCCGGCUGCUAGGAUAUAUAUAUAUUAUAUAUAUAUAUAUAUAUGUUAUGUGUUGUGAAGAAACUUGGUGCAUUGAGAAGAGAAAACUGGCCUGCAAGCAAUGGAGAAGAUAGAGCCAGAGCUGAGACUAUUUGAUAGCAGUGAAGAACUAUCGUCAGGUUCUGCUGACUAUGUGCUUCAACUUGCUGAAUCUGCUGUGAAAGAUAGAGGCUCUUUUCUCUUUGUUCUCUGCGGAGGAGACAUACCGAAGCGCUUAGGGAAACUGACCAAAGCUCCGUUCUUGAGACUGGUAGACUGGCCGAAAUGGUAUGUAUUUUGGGCGGAGGAGAACGUCGUUCCCAAGUUACACCCUGAUAGCCUCUAUUGGCAAGCCAAAGAAUGUUUCAUCUCCCAGGUUCCUUUACUACCAGCACACGUUAUCUCUGUAAGCCAUGGCGUGGCAGGGGAAGUAGCGGCGAGUAGCUACGAGUUCUCUCUCAGGCAACAAGUCAAAAAUCGAACGGUCCAAGCUUCUCCAUCAAGCGACUGCCCGAGAUUCGAUCUUGUUCUCCUAUACUUAGGGUCGAACGACCGCGUGGCGUCUCUUUACCCUAAUGACCCGGUUUUGCAAGAAGAGUCUCAGUGGGUUGCUUGUGUUUCCCAAGACGGUACGAGCGAGAGCGUGACGCUCACUCUCCCGGUGAUCAACGCGGCAGCCAACGUGGCGAUCGUGGCCGCGGGGAUGGAUCCGUCCCGUCCGUUCAUGGAUGCAAUGGUGAGUGGUAAGCCCAGUGGAUCACAUCCAGCUCAAAUGGUCUCGCCCCAAGAUGGAAAGCUCGUUUGGUUUGUGGAUGCUGGCGCUGCUUCGUUGUUCCUACGUGGCAAUGAACAUCGUUAAUUAAUAUCGCCUAUUUAUUAUUUAUGGCAUGUCUUUUUACAAUUUCGAUAAAUUGACUUUUAUGUGGUAAAAGAACGAAGUUUUCCUUUAUGUAAAUAAAAAAAAUAAUUGAUCCUAUAUUUAUUAAGUUAGUCUCAAUUAUUUUAA